AGACUCUGCACGCCCUUGCGCUCCGAUUUGAUGCUCUCUGAGAUUCUGAAAAUACACGAGGGAGAAAGACUAGUCCCAAGGCAUGAAUAAAAUAUUUAAUAAACCACAUGUCCACUCUAAGCGUCCGUCUUGCUGUACCUAUUGACCAUCGAUAGUUGUGUUCUCAAGUUUACCAAGAUCCAAAGUUGUCAGGCAGCGUUCAUUGAACGCAUGCGCAUUGCAUCCACUAUCCAGCUCAAAAUAAGAGUUAAAACAGAAACGAGUGCAGGAGGAGGAGAGCAGGGAGAGAUGACUGACACCCCGCCCAGCGAUGGCCCCUCCCAGGGGGCAGAGUUUGACAUGAUGGGCGCUCUGGACUGGCAGGACGGCAUCGCCACACUGCCCGGCAGCGACAUCAAGUUCCGUAUGACAGAGUUUGGAACUUUGGAGAUCGUGACAGAGCCAGAGGUCAAAGAGGCAGGGCCAACCCCCCAGAACCCCGCCCAGUCAAAAAGCCCCACCCCUCCACCAGAGGCCCAAUCAGAGAGCAGCGCAGCCUCUUCUGCAGCCAAGGAAGUCCAGCCACUUGCACCUAAGGCCCAAGGCCCUGUGCUUCUGUCUCUAGAGGAGGGUCCCACUGUGGAGGAGCCCAGUGUGGAUGUGGGCCUCAGGGCGGAGGCGGGCCCCAGGGCGGUGGCGGGCCACAGGGCUGCGAUGGCUAGCUGUAGGUCGUGUGGGGGCUCCGGUCCACUGGAGAGUUUCCUCCAGGGCAAAUACUGCAGCUCCAUUUGUGUCCAGCCCUCCAGUGGCAGGUCAUCUCCCAGAGAGCAGCGGGAGAGAGAUGGGCGGGAGGGGGGACUGGGGAAACGAGUGAGGAAGAAGAGGAAGAUCUACAUGGACUCUGGUGAUGAAGAGGAAGACAACCAGGAGGAGGAAGAGGACAAGGCCAAGGCUGUCAAAGGGAGGAGAGCUGCUAAGCUGGCCAAGCUAGUGACAGCCCCACCCAAUAAGAAGCGACCCUGGAGCUGGCCCUCCUACAUGGAGGAGGAGAAGGCUAUAGCUGCCCCCCUUAAACUGUUCAAGGAGCACCAGUCGUUCCCUCAGAGCAGGAAUGCCUUCAAAGUGGGAAUGAAGUUAGAAGGACUGGACCCCUGUCACCCCUCUCUGUUCUGUGUGCUCAGUGUUGCUGAGGUCCAGGGUUACAGGGUAAGGCUUCAUUUCGACGGGUAUCCAGAGUGCUAUGACUUCUGGGUAAAUUCUGACACCUGGGAUGUGAAGCCGGCGGGCUGGUGUGAGAAGAUGGGACACAAGCUGCUACUGCCUAAAGGUUGUAAGGAUGGGGAGUUCAACUGGAACAUGUAUGUGAAGAACUGCAGAGGUCAGCUGGCCCCCAAACACCUCUUCAAGAGCCUCAACACGUCGGUGACUCCGUCAGGGUUCCGUGCGGGUAUGAAGCUAGAGGCAGUGGAUAAGAAGAACCCAUAUCUGAUCUGCGUAGCGUCCAUCGCAGCUGCUGUUGACAACAGACUCCUCAUACACUUUGACAACUGGGACGACACCUAUGACUACUGGUGUGAUGCCAGCAGUCCCUACAUCCACCCUGUAGGUUACUGUGAGGAAGCUGAGCUGACCCUCACCACCCCUGCUGAGUAUAAGCACCCGAGGAGUUUUUCCUGGGAUAAAUACAUGGAGGAGACUGGGACACAGGCAGCCCCUGCACGUGCCUUCAAACUGCGUCCGUGCCAUGGGUUCCAGGCUGGAAUGAAGCUGGAAGCCGUCGAUAAGAGGAACCCCAUGCUCAUCCGCGUAGCAACCAUCGCCGAGGUGGAGGACCACCGACUGAGGAUCCAUUUUGAUGGCUGGAGUGAGGAGUAUGACUACUGGGUGGAUGCUGACUGCCCAGACCUCCACCCUGUGGGCUGGUGUCAGAAGACUAGUCAUCCCCUACAACACCCCUCCAAUGGCUCCACUGAUAUGCUGGUCCUCCCAGGGCAGGGCUGUCCUACCCCAGGGUGCAAUGGGGUUGGUCACAUCCGAGGACCCCGCUACGGAACCCACUACACGGGGGUGAGCUGUCCGUACUCGGAGAUGAACCUGAACAGGGAGGGCCAGGUACCAGACCGUCUGAGUGGAGAACGACCUAUGACCCUGAGUGGGCCUCAUCACCGUGGGCGAUGCCCAGACCCUCCUUCACACACCCAGACAAACAGCCCCACCACACCGGAGCAGCCCGAGCCUGCAGACGACUCCCCUCAGACCAGUGUAACUAGGGGGCCGAUGGUUGACGAGGGCGAACGAUCCAGGUGCAGCAGUCAGAGUGAGCCACCAGGGGGCUCCACUGAGCCCAUCAACGACGGAGCCAAGGCCAAGAGGUCUGCUCCAGUCCCAAAGUAUCUGAAGCUGCACGUCGUCAAGCAGGAGAAUGGAGAUGGGAAAGACUCCCUGUCUCUCCAGCAGGCGCUCCAUGAGUCAGUGUUCUCCCCAGGUGGCUCCUCCUCUCCCCCUCACAGGGUGGCUCUGUGCUGGGACAAACACUGCCAGCUGCUCCCUGAGGUCCUGGGCCUCACAGCUAAGAGAGUUGCAACUUGGUCUGCCGACGAGGUGGCCAGUUUUGUCAAAGGGCUCCCGGGCUGCAAAGAGCAUGCUGCCACCUUCAGGGCAGAGCAAAUGGAUGGAGAGGCCUUCCUGCUUCUCACCCAAGCAGACAUAGUCAAGAUCCUGUCAAUCAAACUAGGCCCCGCCCUCAAGAUAUUCAACGCCAUACUCAUGCUGAAGAACGCUGAUGAGGAGUGAGACGCCCCCUCACGCUUCAUUUCCUCCCACACCCGACCAAUGUAUCUGAAUAGUCUAAUAGUCUAGAGAAGUUUCAUCUCCUUUCUUUGCCUCCUCACCUUAUCCUCUUUGGUCUUCAUCUGCACUGAUCUGAGCCCGCAGGAUAGGUCAGAGCAACGUAAUGGAUGGCCACCAGGAAUCUGCUUUCAGCUAUCCUGUUCUUCCACAUCAGUGUAGAGGAGUAGAGAGGAUACAGAGAGGAUGUACCUGGUGUCAGUGUAGAGGAGUAGAGAGGAUGUACCUGGUGUCAGUGUAGAGGAGUAGAGAGGAUGUACCUGGUGUCAGUGUAGAGGAGUAGAGAGGAUGUACCUGGUGUCAGUGUAGAGGAGUAGAGAGGAUACAGAGAGGAUGUACCUGGUGUCAGUGUAGAGGAGUAGAGAGGAUACAGAGAGGAUGUACCUGGUGUCAGUGUAGAGGAGUAGAGAGGAUACAGAGAGGAUGUACCUGGUGUCAGUGUAGAGGAGUAGAGAGGAUACAGAGAGGAUGUACCUGGUGUCAGUGUAGAGGAGUAGAGAGGAUACAGAGACGAUGUACCUGGUGUCAGUGUAGAGGAGUAGAGAGGAUGUACCUGGUGUCAGUGUAGAGGAGCAGAGAGGAUGUACCUGGUGUCAGUGUAGAGGAGCAGAGAGGAUGUACCUGGUGUCAGUGUAGAGGAGCAGAGAGGAUGUACCUGGUGUCAGUGUAGAGGAGCAGAGAGGAUACAGAGAGGAUGUACCUGGUGUCAGUGUAGAGGAGUAGAGAGGAUGUACCUGGUGUCAGUGUAGAGGAGCAGAGAGGAUGUACCUGGUGUCAGUGUAGAGGAGCAGAGAGGAUGUACCUGGUGUCAGUGUAGAGGAGCAGAGAGGAUGUACCUGGUGUCAGUGUAGAGGAGCAGAGAGGAUGUACCUGGUGUCAGUGUAGAGGAGCAGAGAGGAUGUACCUGGUGUCAGUGUAGAGGAGCAGAGAGGAUACAGAGAGGAUGUACCUGGUGUCAGUGUAGAGGAGUAGAGAGGAUGUACCUGGUGUCAGUGUAGAGGAGCAGAGAGGAUGUACCUGUGGUGUCUGUUGGAAGAUCUUAACUGCAUACUCCUCGCGUCCUCUCCUCGUCUCCUCAAAACCCAUUGGAUGAGAGGACACGAGGAGAGAGGACACGAGGAGUAUGCCAUUGAGAUCUUACCUGUCAGACAGACAUCACAGACAACCCAAGAAAGUGUUUUAUACUAUAGCAUAGCAACAAUUAAAAUUUAAAGGGGCAAUCCGGAGUUGAAACAAUAACAAAGCAGUUACCCCACCACUGUUUUGGCCAAAAGCUGAGGGAUGGAUGGGGCUGGAGAAAUGUUACCGCUCUCAAAUUCAUAGACAGAACUAUUUAUACAAGGACUGACCAUCAUCAAAAUGAUAGUUUGAACCAUGUUUUGAGGCUAUACAAUGUUGGUUUACAUUUCAAUCAAUCAAUCAAGUUUAUUUUAUAUAGCCCUUCGUACAUCAGCUAAUAUCUCGAAGUGCUGUACAGAGACCCAGCCUAAAACCCCAAACAGCUAGAAUGCAGGUGUAGAAGCACGGUGGCUAGGAAAAACUCCCUAGAAAGGCCAAAACCUAGGAAGAAACCUAGAGAGGAACCAGGCUAUGAGGGGUGGCCAGUCCUCUUCUGGCUGUGCCGGGUGAAGAUUAUAACAGAACUAUGCCAAGAUGUUCAAAAAUGUUCAUAAGUGACAAGCAUGGUCAAAUAAUAAUCAUGAAUAAUAUUCAGUUGGCUUUUCAAUGUUUACCAACAUUGAAGAUGAACAAGCUUAUAUUUGGUGUUUUGGGGUUCUGAUUGGGUACGACAGUUGAACUAAGCUCAUGAGGCAUUUAUAAGAUAUUCUUUGAGAAUCAAUGGGUAUAUAUAAAACAAAAUGUAUGUAGCAACUGCAGAUUGCCCCAUUAACUUAAAUGUUUUUAAAUGUAAGAAAUGAGCAGUGGGCACCUUUUAAAGUAUUGGUAUUGAAUUCAAUUUUAAGGUAGACUCAGUGAAAUGACGUUGCCACGAGCAGCACCACAGAUAUUGAGAUGAGUGAGAUGCAAGACUUCGCUCACAGUCACACACAGUAUCUGCGAACAGGAGGCGGGUGGCUCUUUAAUUGGGGAAAACGGGUUCAUAGUAACGGCUGGAACGGAAUCAAUGGAAUGGUAUUGGUUUCCAUGUGUUUGAUAGCGUUCCAUUCACGCCAUUCCAGACAUUACUAUGAGCCGUCUUCCCCUCAGAUGUGGAUGGGUUCGCUUCACACUGUUCCCUGGCCUGGCUACCGGGAAUCAAAACAGCGGAGAAGUUGAGUCUCGCGCUUUAACGCUCGUAGUUGUUGUGGGAAUUGAUCCACUAUGCUGUUUACUUUCAGCAUCUACGUCAUAUCGCUGCGUCAACCUUUAAUAUUAUACUUUUUUUAAAUCUGCUUUUAUUUUAAAUUGUUGAGGAAAUGGUGCUCAGCCCUGAGCAAAUGGAACCAGAUUAGUCCAUACAUGUUUUUACUUGAAUACUUGUUGAUUUAUUAUUUUUGUUGUGAAAGAAAAUCACCAUGUAGUUUACCUCUCUGCCAGAUGGAUACAUUCCUCUACAUGUCCAGGUCAGGAAGAGGUUGGCACAUCUCACGGCUUGGGUGGAGGGAGAGGAUUGAUUUGUUUGUUUGUGUGUGUGUGUGUGUGUGUGUGUGUGUGUGUGUGUGUGUGUGUGUGUGUGUGUGUGUGUGUGCGCGCGCCAGUCAGAUGUUUAUUUAAAAGGGUGAAUGUUAUAGCAUUGGAACUUUAAGGAAAGCUGGACUUCAGGACUAAUUCAACUGAAGAGAGAUGUUUUUCUAUGUACCUGCUUUAGAGCUAAUGGUAAAACACUAAUGAAAUUGGAAUGUAAAGAAAGGAAGAGAAAAUUCAUCAAUUUGUUCUGAAUGAAUAUUGGUUCUUGUUUCAUUUGGUCUGAUUGAUCUUUGUGUACACAGUGUAAAUAGUGUAUUAUAGCUCUGGGGUUGUGACACACCCUGCAUCCCUAUAGGAAGUGGUUAUUUGGAAGCUUAUGCAAAUCAAUACCAAUCUUUUCCAAGAAAUUAAAAAAAAAAAAAAAAGUGAAAUUUUGUUCGUCAA